ACUUUACUAGGGCCCAGGCGCUUUUCAGGCUGGUGCUGAAGGCCGGGCCUCUCGGACCGUUCCUCACACCAGCCGGGACAGCGGUCCAAUAUGAGCCAGGUUCUCUUCCAGCAACUGGUCCCGUUGCAGGUGAAAUGCAAAGACUGCGAAGAAAGGAGAGUAAGUGUUAGAGUGAGCAUUGAACUACAAUCAGUUUCUAACCCAGUUCACAGAAAGGAUUUAGUUAUUCGUCUGACUGACGAUACUGAUCCCUUUUUCCUGUAUAACCUCGUUAUAUCUGAGGAAGAUUUUCAGAGUUUGAAAUUCCAGCAAGGUCUUCUGGUAGACUUCUUAGCUUUCCCACAAAAAUUUGUAGAUCUCCUUGAGCAGUGUACUCAAGAACACGUCAAAGAAAUUCCAAGGUUUUUGCUACAGUUAGUGUCUCCAGCAGCCAUUUUGGAUAACUCACCUGCAUUUUUAAAUGUGGUGGAGACAAAUCCUUUUAAGCAUCUUACUCACCUUUCACUAAAACUUUUACCUGGAAAUGAUGUGGAAAUAAAGAAAUUUCUAGCAGGAUGUUUGAAAUGUAGCAAGGAAGAAAAAUUAUCAUUGACGCAAUCACUAGAUGAUGUUACUAGGCAACUGAACUUGACACAAAAGACAUUAUCAGAAAAAAUCCAGGAACUAGAUAAGCUACGGAAUGAAUGGGCAUCACACACAGCAGCAUUGACAAAUAAGCAUUCUCUGGAACUAACAAAUGAGAAGGAAAAGGCCUUACAGGCACAGGUUCAAUGUCAACAGCAGCACGAACAACAGAAAAAAGAUUUAGAAAUCCUCCACCAGCGAAACAUCAGCCAGCUACAAAACAGACUGUCUGAGUUAGAAGCGGCUAAUAAGGACCUAACUGAAAGGAAAUAUAAAGGAGACUCCACUAUCAGAGAACUUAAAGCAAAACUUUCUGGCGUUGAAGAGGAGCUCCAGCGGGCCAAGCAAGAAGUCCUGUCUUUGCGGAGGGAGAAUUCUGCGCUGGAUGCUGAAUGCCAUGAGAAAGAGAAGCAUAAUAAUCAGCUCCAAACAAAAGCGGCUGUUUUAGAGCAGGAGAUCAAGGAUAAGGACCAGCUUGUUUUAAGGACAAAAGAAGCAUUCGAUACAAUCCAGGAACAAAAGGUGGCUUUAGAAGAAAAUGGAGAGAAAAGUCAGGUGCAACUAGAAAAACUUGAAGCUACGAUAAAAUCAUUAUCAGCAGAACUUCUUAAGGCAAAUGAAAUUAUCAAGAAGUUACAAGGGGAUCUCAAAACUUUAAUGGGUAAGUUGAAACUGAAGAAUACAGUUACUAUUCAGCAAGAAAAACUCUUGGCUGAGAAGGAAGAAAAAUUACAAAAGGAACAAAAGGAAUUACAAGAUGUUGGACAGUCUCUCCGAAUUAAAGAGCAAGAGGUAUGCAGAUUACAAGAACAGUUAGAAGCUACAGUUCAAAAACUUGAAGAAAGCAAACAGCUUCUGAAAAAUAAUGAGCAGUUAAUCACAUGGUUAAAUAAAGAACUAAAUGAAAAUCAGCUAGUGAGAAAGCAGGAUGCAUUGGGACCUUCUACCACUCCACUUGGACAUUCUAGCAGCAACACAAUCAGAAGUGGGAUUUCUCCUAACCCUAAUGUGGUUGAUGGUAGACUGACUUACCCAGCUUGUGGGAUUGGUUAUCCUGGCUCCUCUGCGUUUGUAUUCCAGAAUGCCUUUGCACAUCCAAUAUCUGUCAAAAAUGCAGUCCACCCAGUUUCAGGACCAAAGGUCCACUUUAACUUACAAUUUACAAAGCCAAAUACAUCUGUGGGCGAUGUUCAGUCUGGAGGAGCUAUGAAUAUGCCUAGCUCAUCUGAUAAGGAAAAUGGUGAAAACUUGGGGCUGGAAUCCAAAUAUCUGAAGAAAAGGGAAGAUAGCAUUCCUUUACGUGGGCUCAGCCAGAAUCUGUUUAAUAAUCCAGACCAUCAGAAAGAUGGCGCUUUAGGCACGUUACAGACGUCUUCAAAACCUGCAGUGCUCCCUCCUGCGUCUUCAGCGUAUUUCCCUGGACAGUUACCAAACAGUUAAUUCUAGUGUCGUCUUUUACUUUUUAUCAAAGUGUUAGAAACUCAGGUGGUUUAAAAGUAUGUUAACAGCAUAAAUCAAAUCCUUAUCAAACAAGCGAGUUUCCAGUUGUACUUGUGCUACUAAGUAUCAAAGUUCUGGUCCCUUAUUAAGUGUUGCUGUCCUUUAUGUUAAGACAUUUUAGAGGAACAAGUUUGUACUUGAGGACUGGUGAGAUUCUGAGCAAAGGACACUUUUUAGUUUGUGAACAUGGUGCUAUUUUAUAGAAUAGUGGUUAAAUGAAUUUUAUUAAUCCUUGGAACUUCAAUUCUAAGGAAAGAGUUGAUCUUUAUAAGGGACAUUCUAAUCAUAUUGGAUAUCUGGGUAAACUGAAAACUGCUCAGAAUGUAAUAGUAUGAAACCAAAGAAUGCUAUUUUAUCAUUUUAUUUUCAUUGGUAAAAUAAAAUUUUUGCUACCUGAGAAUUAUGAGGGAAAAUGAUUAUCUUCUAAGAGAUCUAUAUUAUUGAUGGCAUUGACAUUAAAGGGAAAAGUCCUCAAAGUACCUUCAAUGAAUGAAAUGAAUCAAACCUCAUAGUGAGGAAAUGCUCUCCUUAAAACCAGUAAAUUUGGUAUUGAGUCUAUUAAAUAAUUUUAGAUACUUAUUAUAAAAAUAACUGGACAACAGUGUAUUGACAUGACCAGAUUUGAUGUAAAGUGCUUUAGUCAUUUGAGCUGAAAAGUUUGUAAGAUUUUAAUACUUCUUCAAAGUCUAUGCUUAACCAAUUUUUCUCUUUACUUUGGAGUUUUAUUAGUUUCCCAUGCAGUUAAAUACCAGUGGAAUUUUGUUUUAAAAUUGGUACUAAAGUCUUUUCCAGAGUAUCAUGAAUAUUUUUUUGUAACAUUAGAACUUAAGAUUCAUUUUAAUGUUUGCUGAAUAAAGUAGGCAAAUGAGUACCUGUUAGAAGUUGCAGCUUUCUUCCCUUUAUCUGAAGUAAUUUUUAAAAAUUGUUCCUUAGGUAAUUAGAAAAAAAUUUACCCCCAAUCAUAGGGACCCACUUUGGUUUUUGUGGUGACAACCCCCCAGUACAGAAUAACAUUCUCUUAAGAAUCUUCAAAAUGAAUUUUUGUUUGCAAAGAGUUUCUAAUACUUAUGAUAUUUUAAGAAUUAUUUUCAGGUACUUUAUUACAUAGAUGAGAAGAGGCAUUUUAAAAUAUAAAUGACAUGCCAACAUUAUAGGGCUCCAUAGUAAGACAAGGAAUUUUUGCUAAAUUUUUUUUACAAAGCUGUUAUUUUGAGUCUUCUGAAACUUUGGAACACAGCUGGCAAUUUCAGGCAGCCUUAAACAAAUCUAAAAAAAAAAAUCAGUAAUUACAGGCAGUGACUUUUUAUAUACCGUUUUUUCCUUGUUUAGAUAUACUAUAUUAGUAAGAAUACUGGGUUAUAGUAACUUGAAAACACUGACUGAUAAUCUAGAAAGAAGCCUCUUGGUAAUACUACUCUGUUUUGUUGUAAAUACUAUACUAUACAUAAACAUUGUGACAGGGUUUGGAUGGGAAAUAGGACAUACAGGUAGCUCUUCUUUCUUCUUUAAGUAUCAUUUUCUGUAUUCACAUGUGAAAAAUCAGAAAAAUUUCCAAGGUAGAAUAGAAGAUCAUUUCGGUAUUGACUAGCUAAAGAUUUUUUGUAUUGAAUGUAUAUAUACAGACUUCUGUGUGCUAAUUUCUUUGCUCUACCUCUUAAAAACUUUUAAGUUGAAACUGUUUUGCAGUGUAAAAUUGUACAGGUGUUAAUAAUCAAAAUGUUGCAUUUAGUGUAUUUCUGAAAACUGUGUGAACUUUGUUAAUAAAGUAUUAAAAUUA